UGCAAAGUGUUCGUCGCGAGAUUAUUCAGCAACCAACAGCAGGCCAUAUUUGCUAGACUCUGCCAGCCAGUCCAGUCGGUAGUUCAUUCAGUUUUGUACAGUGAGUGUGUCGAGUAAGUCAUCUUUCUCCGAGACCUCUCGCUCUCCUUGGUGUAGCACCAGAGACCAGCAGCAAUCAUCCAUCAGAGAAGUCAGAAGUUCCAGCGGGACCGAACAGUGCACUCAUCUUAGCAAGCCAGGAAUCACCCAGCAACCAACCAAUCAAAGAUGGCCCUACCAGAGGAAAACCCCGUCUACGGACCCUUCUUCGGUGUCAUGGGAGCAGCUGCUGCUAUCAUUUUCAGCGCCCUCGGAGCCGCCUAUGGAACGGCGAAAUCCGGCACAGGUAUUGCCGCCAUGUCGGUGAUGAGACCUGAGCUGAUCAUGAAGUCCAUCAUUCCCGUUGUCAUGGCGGGUAUCAUUGCCAUCUACGGUCUGGUCGUUGCUGUCCUUAUCGCCGGUUCGCUGGAUACGCCAACGAAAUACUCGCUAUACAAGGGCUUCAUCCAUCUCGGUGCUGGUCUGGCUGUAGGAUUCUCCGGUCUGGCCGCCGGUUUCGCCAUCGGUAUCGUCGGUGAUGCCGGUGUCCGUGGUACUGCCCAGCAGCCAAGACUGUUCGUCGGUAUGAUUCUGAUCCUCAUUUUCGCUGAAGUCUUGGGUCUGUACGGUCUGAUCGUCGCCAUCUACCUGUACACGAAAUAAGCUGCUCCAGAGCGAAACGCCACGCACCCUAAAGAACGAACAACCAACAGAUGGUCCAUACGUUACGCCCGUUAUCAUCACCCAUCACACCAGACCUCCGUCGUAUCAUCUGUUAGUUAUCACCGCCACCCUCGUUCGUAAUUAUCAUCCAACAUCGUUUUACCAUCAGUCGAGGCACGAAGUACGAGAACAAAAUAGAAAGCUACUGCCACCGACAUCGGCAGAGACAACAUUUACCAGAAACGUCGAGAAGCGAACAAUCUUUUUUAAGACACAAAGAGAUGUAAGUUAAAGUCACUCAAAUAUUAUACGUUCUUAUCGUGUUGGAGAGAGUGGUAUCGACCAAGAUCGUCCACCAGAUGCCCCUAAGUUAAAACUUCCGGAACUAAAACAAAAGACUAUGUAAUUUAUGUAAAAUAUUGUAUUUAAUUGUUAAACUUAAUUUAUGUAAAUGUAAAUUUUGUCCCACAUAUGGAAAAUAUGGAGAAGAGCAAACAAGAUGUCAGCGAGUGCCGCUUAUGGGUUAUUCGGUUAGAUUAACUGUACAAAACAAGGCCGUAAAUCUAGAUAAUGUCAGAUGAGAUGCACCACUUCAUAAUUUAUUUUUCGCCCAUAUUGGACGACGAGGUGAGGCCGUACCGGCGUAUAAUGACUUUCAAAGUAACCCGUAAAGCAGGCACUGCGCUCCCUUAUUUCAAGUUGCAAACAUUCGGUUCAGGUUGUUCUACAUACAAUGAUAAUUAUGGUUUUUUGAUCCCACCACAAAAUGAGAUCUUUUCUGUGGCUUCACAACAUCCAAAUGGGUGUCUCCGCUCCCUGGCGCCAUCUGUUUGUCAGUUGGCAACAACUUGACUCCUAGAUGGCGUUGGGUGCGAGGACCUUGAGAGAAGAAACGGAAGAUAACAUUAUCUCUUGAAUAAAUUUCCCACAACAUCUUAAUUGAAACGCAAGUCACGAAAGGUUGAGUCUGUGAUAAAAGCUUCCAUCACUAACAAAAGAACAAAUGUCAUCUUGAUCACUAUAACAAAACAGCUAUUACAACGAAACGCAUCCCAUCAACUCAACCGAACACCACCCUCCACUAACAUCUGGGAGUGCGUUUCGUGUGCUCAAACUUGCUUAAGAAGAAACGUGUUUUUUGUUUUACGUACCGGAAUGUUUCUCCCGCGCGAUGCUUCGUAUUGUUGAGGCCGACCAAAUUAGGGCGAAGAAAAAAAAACGAUGAACUACAAAUACAACACCACCAGUAACAUUUCACUUUCGCGUUCGUUACAUAUAGUCGUUCAUAAUCAUUGGUAAGGCACAGAGAGUAUAUUAGAAAAGGAAAAUCCUACAAACAACCGAAACCUGUUCUAUAUUCUUAAUGUAAAUGUUCGUAAAUACUUUUUGUUUUCUUCGCGUAGGUUGAGAUAAGAAGAGGAAAAAGAAUACGCAAAACAUCCUGUAUAUUACAAAUUGUGAUGAUUUAUGAUUGUUUAUUAAGAACACUAAACUGACUAAGAGAGAAAAGACGUUGAAGACCAUCUCAUCAAGAUUUAGAGCAAAACCACCAAGGAACCCAAGUCCAACUGGCAAAUUGAAGUGAAAUGCUCUGCCAUCGGCCCUCCGCCAUCUACCGGCCGGUGGCAGCAAUCUCAAAAGACAAAAGACACACACACCGAUACAAAACGACACACACACAAACGCUGACAGUAGAUUUGAUGAACUCACCAUCUAACAUCUAUCAUCAAUCGCAGUCAAUCAAAAAACGGAAACCAAUGCUAGCAAACCUAGUUCCUUUCCCCCAAAUCCUGCGGAGGCGUAUGUCGUGCCUGGACGUGGUCCGAUACGUUUGGAUGCUGAAACGUGGAGGUCACGUGCCACGCUCGAUCCUCCGUUGGAAGGGAUGUCCUCGUCAAAGAAUUCCCACCCAUUUGGGACCGUCUGUAUAAAUUAACACCUUUUCUGCGUCCAGUGGGUGGAGGGUCCUUAAACGAGGCAGAACCAGUUUUCCACGAGCAUUGGCGACGUCACCCGCAAAUCUCUCAAGAGAAAAACCAAAUUAUUAUUGUUGGAGGGGGGAAACCACCUUUGAAGAACGUCAAAAACAUCUACCAAUCAACCAACCAACCCAACAUCCCAAAACUGAAACCGGAUAAGAUACAACAACUACUUAUUAAACGUUUGCCAACUACCAACAAGAUCUUGGAACGAAAUAAGCACCCCCUUGUUUUGUUGUGAGGAAGCUUUAAGAUCCUAUAAACAAAUACUUUAAAUAUUGAUAAGUUGAACAAAACAACAAAAAAUUACACACAAACCGAGAAAGAAAGAAAUCUACCGAAAUGACAUUUGAACAGAAACAUCUGAAGAGAAUUCAAUAAAUUUAACUGAAAAAAAAA